AUGUCCGACGCGCGCUCCUCCGACAUGCCCAUGACCGCCGAAGACUUCUACACGGAAGAACAGAAGAAGCUCGUCAACAGCCCGCUCUACAGCCUGCUCCGGCAGCAACUCAUCGCCGACAUGGAGGCCUACGCGAUUGAGCACGGCAUCUACCACGACGACGGGCCCAUACCAGAAUCCAUCUACAAGAAGGGCCACAUCCGGAACGUCAUCGGCUUCAUCAACUUCUGCAUCAGUGACGCGCUGUACAACAAUCCGUACAAGGUCGUCCCUGUGGUCUACCUCGCCUCGGCCGGUCUGCUCGUCCUGUGCAUCGUCAUCAAGGAAUACGUCAUCUUCCAGGCCACGAGGCGUUUCCUGAAGGAGCCGAAUCACGCCGACCUCUUCGAGAAGUCCUUGGACACCAUGGCGAGCAUCAUGCCUGUUGUCGUCACCCUGGUGCUGUUUCUUUUUCCGCCGCUUAUUGCGAAUACGUAG